AUGAAAAUUUAAAUAGUGUAACCUACUUUCUUCAAUUCUAUAUCUCGAACCUUUCUCAUAAGUCUACUCACAUUAAUACUUAUUCAAUCAAGAGUUUCGGGCUUUUACAAUCAGACAAAGAAUUAUACAUUCUUGAACUCAAUAAAUUAUAUAGUUGAUGAUACCGACCCAAAUGACUUGUAAUUGAUAGUUCAGCUUAGAAUUUUAAAUUUCGACGUUUCUACUUGGACGCUUACUGAUGGCUCUUAAGGUAUUUUUAUGGCAUUUGGUUAUGGCUCUUAAAACUUUAAUGAUACUGACAUCACAAUGUGUAUCUACCAAUAUAGAAAUCUAAAUUCUGAUUAGUUUGUUUGCUCUGACUCAUUUAGUCUUUAUCCCAAUAUUAGUGGGCCACCUAGUGUUGGAUAGCUAUUGUAUGUAACUAAUGAAACUUAAAAUAUUUAAGAAGUAAAGACUCUCUAAAGUAACUUUUAUAAAGAAAAUAAAUACUCUUAUGGGAAUUUCGGUUUGCAAUUUAAGAGGCCAUUUAAUACGAAAGAAGCUAAAGAUUAUGUUCUGUACUAGGAGAUGAUUAAAUAUGUAUUUGGAUAUGGAGAUUUAAGAAACAAGCUACCUGAAUAUAGUUAUAUAAGAUCAUAUUGGGGAACUCUGGAUUUGAUUAUAAAAAAUGAUUCAAUUAAAGAUACCACUAAUUCAAUUUUGACUCGUUGCCAUCUAAUAAUACUGAUUAUUGCUAUAGCACUUUUAAUUAAUAUUUGA